CCAUUCUGUCCAGUCACCGUUCGUAUCUCCGUGCGUGAGUGUUGGUGAGAGGUUAGGUUUCGCAGGUUUCCGCGGCGCGAAGUUCCUUAACAAUUGUUGCGAGUUGCGAGACAGUAUUUCGGUACGUCGAGACUGAUUACAACGAAAAAACGGAGGAUACACAAUCAAGACAAAUAAGAUAUUCAUUCCGGGAAGAAUUGAUGAAGUAAUAUCAGAGCAGAUAGCGUUAAAUCUCGAGAUAGCGUUAACCUCCGACGGACUUAUAUACGUCUUACGAAUAACAAUUGUGCGUUUAACAUACGGUGACCAUGGCAUUUGCAAUGAGAGGGGUCAGCGGUGUAUUUCUGCGUUGGAGCAGCGGCCCCCAGGGUGCCAUAAAAGUAUCACGGGUAUGCACAGUUAAUUUCUCCAUCAAAGCUGAUAUCCCAGAAGUGGAGCAGGAGGUUGAAAAGCUGAAAACACCAGUAGGAAAUGGUAAAAUCUUCAAAAAUAUAGAGGAAGCUGUGUCUGACGUACAUGAUGGAGCCAAACUUUUGGUUGGUGGAUUUGGUCUCUGUGGCAUUCCAGAGAAUUUAAUAGCAGCUAUAUUAAAAAAGGGCUCAAAAGAUCUAACAUUAGUUUCGAAUAAUGCUGGGGUAGAAGACUUUGGACUGGGUAUAUUGUUAAAGGAUCACAGGGUUAAAAGGAUGAUUGCAUCGUAUGUGGGAGAAAAUCCUGAAUUUGAAAGGCAGUAUCUUAAUGGUCAAUUGGAGGUUGAACUAACACCACAGGGCACUUUGGCGGAACGUGUAAGAGCAGGUGGUGCUGGCAUUCCAGCUUUCUAUACUCCCACAGCUUUUGGUACCAUCGUACAAGAGGGCAAUGUCAUUGUAAAAUACGACAAGAACGGCAAUGCCGAGAUAUCGGGUGAGCCGAGGAACGUAAAUCAAUUUGAUGGACGAAAUUACGUUUUGGAAACCGCCAUCACUGGCGACUUUGCGCUCGUGAAGGCGUGGAAAGCCGACACCGCCGGCAAUCUAAUUUUUCGGAAAUCGGCGAGGAAUUUCAAUCCUGUGAUGUGUAAGGCGGCCAAAGUAGCAAUCGUCGAAGUGGAGGAAAUUGUGGAACUUGGCCAAUUAAAUCCUGAUCACAUUCACUUACCUGGUAUUUUUGUAGACAGAAUUGUGAAGGGGCCAUCUUAUGAAAAACGGAUUGAGAAACGUUCGACGAAACAAACCAUAAAGCCUAAGAAAGUGACACCGGCUAGUAAAGCAAGGAAUAUGAUUAUCAGGCGCGCUGCCCUCGAAUUUAAGGAUGGAAUGUAUGCAAAUUUGGGAAUCGGUAUGCCUAUGCUUGCUAGUAACUAUAUCCCGAAGGGCGUGAAAGUGACAUUACAAUCAGAAAAUGGUAUUCUUGGGUUGGGUCCUGUUCCGGAUGAAGAUGACGUCGACGCGGAUCUUAUCAAUGCUGGAAAGGAAACUGUAACUGUUUUGCCCGGUGCUGCUUUCUUUAGUAGUGAUGAAAGCUUUGGAAUGAUUCGAGGAGGUCAUAUUGAUCUGACUAUUCUUGGAGGCAUGCAAGUGUCGGAGAACGGAGAUUUAGCUAACUGGAUGAUACCGGGUACGAUGGUAAAAGGCAUGGGUGGUGCCAUGGAUCUUGUUUCCGCGGCAAGCACGAAGGUAGUGGUAACUAUGGAGCAUACAGCUCGAGACGGAAGUCCAAAAAUUUUGAAGAAUUGCACCUUGCCUGUUACAGGUCAGCAAUGUGUAGAUUUAAUUAUCACAGAGCUUGGAGUAUUUGAAGUAGUGAAAGGAGAAGGAUUAAAGCUUAUUGAGAUCGCACAUAAUGUUGAUAUUAGUCAGGUUAUCAGUUCAACAGACUGUGAAUUCAGUGUUGCCGACGAUCUUAAGGAAAUGGGACAAGUUACAGACGAGGAUUUAUAAGUUGUAAUAUAUUUCACAAAUGUGAUAUGCAAUAUAAUAAUUCAAUGUUACGAUGCC